GCGCGAAAGAGAGCGAGUGAGGGAGCGCCUACGCGGGAAGGAAGGAAGGCGGGAGAAACGCUCCAAGUACUGAGAGCCCGCGCCGUGCGACGCUGAGGGGAAAUCGCCUGAGGUAAACGGCGCGCGGGGCUGUACAUACGGGCAGAUGGAGUUCUUCGAGCCGGUUGGCAACGGUGCGCUCUCCUCGGCUCAGCAGCAUAGCCCUCGAGGCUCUCGUAGGACGCGCUCUUCUUUUGAAACUGCAUCUAUCUGUGGGGGGUGGGGAGCGUAUUCUUCGGAAACUCCCUAAGAGCCCACCCAUCUUCCCCCACUUUCAGUACUUCUGCCUUGCGAUUUCUUCCCCCCCUUUUUUUCCCGCGCUCCGAACGCGGCGGCGGGUCUCGUUACGCGAGUAGCGUAGCGGGCGUAGUCUCCGUAGGAAUCUCUGCGCGGGUUCCAGAACUACUGUAUUUCAAAGUCGCUUGACUUAGUGAUGUUCCGUCGGGUGCGUUCUCUUUUUGUAGCUUCUCUUUCCUGCGGACGUGUCUCUCCAGGUAAGAAGGUUGCGUGCCCGAGCGAGUGGCUUAACCACUAUUGUGGCAGAAUCUCAGCCUUUUUUUCCUAGGCGUUGUUUAUCCAGAAGCAAAGUCCCGCUGAAUACAGUGGGGAUGACUGUAGUAAAUGUGCAUUGGCUGGUAGUUCCAUAGUUUCUCAAACUUGGGGCACAGAUAUUUAACUUUGCUCGCUCUACAGAGAACGGUGAAAUCCUAGAAAGGUUAUUGGUUUUGCAUAGCAUGACUAAUUCAAAUAACUCAAGUAGAAUACUCGAAUAAAAGUGUGUGAAUCUUGAAGUCUCAAGCCUAACUUUCUGCACGCUCCCCCCCUUUUCUGAAAAUACUUAUGACCAACAAUCCCCAAAUACCCCCUGCUAAGAAACAUUCCAUUUACAUAUACAGUUGUACCUCGGGUUACAUACGCUUCAGGUUACAGACUCCGCUAACCCAGAAAUAGUACCUCAGGUUAAGAACUUUGCUUCAGGAUGAGAACAGAAAUCGAGCAGCAGCAGCGCAGCCGCAGCUGGAGGCCCCAUUAGCUAAAGUGGUGCUUCAGGUUAAGAACGGACCUCCGGAACGAAUUAAGUUCUUAACCCAAGGUACCACUGUACAUUGUAAAUGAUACAGUUAGGCAUUAAGCUGUGUGUCCUGGAAGAUCUUCUCUCUGAUAUUUUAAUGUAGGUUGUAAACUCCUUUGAGAUUUUUUCCCUUAAAAAUAUAAAGUGUUACAGAAAUGAAAUUAAUAGUAAUAACAAGCAGAUUUGUAUAGUACCGUAGUUUGGAGUUGAUGAUUUAAGUGCAUCUACUCUGCAUCUUAACAGAUUGUGCCAGAAUAUAUGUUGUACAUAUUUUUUCUUUUUUCUUUUUAACAGAUGGAAAGUGACAUCCAAAAACGGAGGAUCCAACUAACUGGAUUUAAGAACCAAGAAAAGAAGGCCCUAAUCAAACUGCUUCAGACACUAAAAUGUGUUUUUUUAAACACUACGGUAAAUUAUGAUAAUUGAUAAGCCUAAAUAUUUUGUGGGUUUUUAUCACCUAGAUUACAGUGGACGCUCAGGUUGCGAACGUGAUCCGUGCGGGAGGCACGUUCGCAACCCGCAGCGCUGUGUCUGUGCACACACAGGUUGCGAUUCGGCGCUUAAGCGCAAAGCACGAUUUAGCUCUUCUGCGCAUGCACGAGCGCCGAAACCCGAACGUAACCCCUUCUGGUACUUCCAGGUUCAGCGUGGUGUGCAACCCGAAAAUGCACAACCUGAAGCGUCUGUAACCUGAGGUAUGACUGUACUUUACAACAUAAGGUAUUCAUAGUGGUAAAACUGAGUGCAUGCUACACUCUGGUAAAAGAGCAAAUUCUACUUCUUACCUUAUUAUUUUUGAAAAUGUGUAUGCAAUUUUUAGUUUAUGGUUGUGUGUUCUUUUUGUUGUUAGGAAUACAGAGAUUGCACUCACCUUAUAGCAAAGAGGCCUUGCAAGAGUGAAAAGUUCUUAGCAGCAUGCGCAGCAGGUAUGUAUAGUGUGCUGUUCCUUUGCAGACGGUUUGGAAACUUCAGCUGGUGCAGAAUUUGGCAGCCAAGUUGCUCAAUAGGGCAAGAUAAAUUGAGCAUAUUACACUGAUCCUGGCCUGACUGCAUGGGUUACCAGUUAGUUUCCGAGCCCAAUUCAAAGUACUGGUUUUUACCUAUGAAGCCUCAAAUGGCUCAGGACCACAAUACGGUAAGGACUGUCACUUCCCUUAUGAGCUGAUCCUGUGAUCAUAAUCUGAAGCCCUUCUUUGUGUGACUCAUCCAUUAAAGGUCUGGAGGAUGGCAACAUGAGAAUGGGCCUUUUCUGUGGUGGCUCCCUGUUUGUGGAAUGCUCUCCCCAGGGAGGCUUGCCUGGCACCUUCAUUACAUAUCUUUGGGUGACAAGUAAAAGCAUUUCUCUAUAACCAGGUCUUUGACUGAUUAACAUUCUUUGGCCUUUUAAGUGUGUUUAUUAUGCUAGAUUAGUGUUGGCCAUUGUUGACUUUAAUAACAUUUUAAAAUAAUAGUGUGUUAAAAUGGUUAGGGUAUUUUUAAUGGUUUUAAAUUACAUUUAAUUGGUAACAUCUUGAUAUAUAGCCUAUAGAGUGCUUUUGGAAGAAUAUUUUCUUGUAAACUGUAUACAAGUUUGUUAAAUAAUAAUACCUAUACUCAGAUUAAACAUUUUAAAAUUGUAACCAUUAACUACUGAAGAUGCACUGAGUAUAAACAAUCAAUUUAUCAAAUUACUUACUUUAAAAACUUUAAUGCAUAAGAUUUUAAAAAGGCCAUUCUAAUCUGUUACAUAUUUUCUUGGCAUCCACAUAUAUACUCUUGGGGUAUGAUUGUUGGGGGCUGUUGUUGCUGUUGGUUUUUUGUAUCUGUGUUAUAGAUCUUGUUGCGAUUUAUGUAGAAUUUUUUUCAGUUUAGUUGUGUAUUUUUUAUGGUUUAUUUAUGGUUUAUGACUACUUUUGUUAUGUUGUACAGGUACUUAGCAUUUUUUUAUGUUGUAAGCUGCCUUGAUCAUGGUUUGAACUGUAGAUCGGUGGCGAACAAAUAAAAUUAUGCAUAUGUGUGUACAUAACUAGAGUUGGUUGUGUUUUAUAUCUCUGUGACCUUAAAAAUCAUGCAGAUACUUAAUUCUUAGUGAGCACUUUGGGUAUUGUACCUAUUUAACAAGGUUUUCAUUUCUUACAUAUCACCAUAAAUUUCCCAACAAUAACUUCUCUUUAGCUUUCAUAGUUGUGGUAAUUCUCAUUGAUCGUUUAACACAUUUUUUUGCUAAUGGCAAAGAUUUUGACGAAUUUGAAAAUACCUUGUAAUUGUUGGCAUCCAUCUGUCCUGAGAGAUAAUGGAGUAUCUGCUGUAACUAGGAACUUGUAACUGCUGCCUCCUGCAUUUGUUUUUGCUGCGUUAUCAGCACUGAAGUGACCUUUCCGGGGUGCAAGCCUUGGCAGUGUGUAUGGAGGUCCUGGGCUGUCUAAGAGCUGCCCCACUCAACCUCACUGAUGUGGUCCAAAGGAAAGCAGGGCAAUACAUUUGGCACCAGCUUAGCUGCAGGAAUUAUAGGAAGGAGGCAUAGAAGACUCCAUCUAAUCAUCUUAGGGACUCUACUCCAGAUUUGUGUAGGGUUUACUCCUUAGCCUUUUUUCCUCCCACAUAUGUCCCGCAAGGCAGAGGGUAGACCAUGCAGGGAAUUGCAUUCCCAAACAUCUAAGAGGGCAUCAGGCUGGGUUAGGCUAUUCUGAUUUGGGAUGCAGGUGGCGCUGUGGUCUAAACCACUGAGCCUUUUGGGCUUGCUGAUUGGAAGGUCAGCAGUUUGAAUCCGUACAACGGGUGAGCUCCUGUUGCUCUGUCCCAGCUUCUGCCAACCUAACAGUUUGAAAGCAUACCAGUGCAAGUAGAUAAAUAGGUGGUGGGAAGGUACACGGCGUUUCCGUGCACUCUGGCUUCCGUCAUGGUGUUCUGUUGCGCCAGAAGCGGUUUAGUCAUGCUGGCCACAUGACCCAGAAAGCUGUCUGUGGACAAAUGCCGGCUCCCUCGGCCUGAAAAGUCCAUUUGCCUUUUACUGGACUUAACCGUCCAGGGGUCCUUUACCUUUUUUUUGCUAUUCUAGAUCCCAACUGGAUUUUAAUUAAAACAUCUAACGUGAUAAAAAUGGAAGGUAUCAAUAAGUUUAAAAUCACGAGUUUUCACAAAAAAUAGCAACUCGUGCUCUCAGAGACCUGUGGAUACACAAACUCCUCCUUUCAACCUCUUCUUCAUGUGGGUGUGAACCCAGACCUCUUAUUUGAACUGUGGCGUCUCAAGCUCCAUGAAAUGACUGCACCUUUUUCGUUGCUGGCCCUAAUGCCUGAAUUUGCCUUUCAGCAUUUCUCCAUUCAACCAUGUCUCUUAUUUCCCUUAAGCCUUUCCUCAAUACUAACCUUUUCUGGAAAGCUUAUGGAUAAGCACCUAAUCCCUAUGGUAAAUAAACCAAAGUACCCGUGCCUCUUUCUCCCUUUCUUCCCCUGCUUUACUGUUGUCUAUUUUAGAUUGUAAACUCCUUGAGGUAGGGACCUAUUAUAACUGUUCUUUAUAAAGCGCCAUGCACACUGGACUAUAAAGGUCAAUUAUUAUUUAUAUAUUUUUCUUGUGUCAGCAUCAAUAAUACAGAAAACGCUUCUGUCCUAGAAUGUUAACUCCCUACAAACUUGUUACGAAUGCACACUAGUGGAAGCUACUCAAAGGAAACUUGUGACUGAAUUUUUUUCAUACAAAAUCUGAGUGUUUCAGGUAGCAUGUCUUUGUGAUGGGGAACCUUUUCACCAAGAAAUAUGAAUACAGGGUAAUGGUUCCUAAACAAAGAAGCUGAGAGUACCUUUCCCCUCCCCCUCCCUUUCCAUCAGAUGACUGCUGGCAUGCAAAGCUAGCACCUAUAGAAGUACCAUCUGGUAAAACGUUGCCUUGCAAUGGCACAAUCUGCUCAGCUCGGCUGUAAAAUUGAUUAGGAUCACAGUUUUAGCUGCUUCACUAUGAAAUAUGCUGUAGUUCGUUUUUAUGUAAAGCGUAUGGUGCUGCUGUUACUGAUUUGAACCCUGAAAGAAUGGGAAAAUAAGGUUUGGGCAAAGGAGGAAAGGGGACAAUACCAUCAAAAUCACAUUUAAGCUAGCAUGUUGAGUACAUGAUGUGCUAAUAGAAGAGAAAUCAAUUUUGGAGGUGGAAGCUGCUGGUAUAAAAUAAUUCUCUCUAAAAUUUAAUGUUUGACUGAGGUUAUAGGGCCUCCAGAAUUAGGGUGGGCAUGGCUGUAGUUAAACUUUACAGAGUAUGUUAGCUGGUGGAUGUGUGAUAUUUAUGGUUCACAUUUUGAAGAUGAAAAGUUUCAGAAGUAUGAGUGUCUAUCAGCUAUAUUUUUAUUUUAGAGCACAUGCUGACAGAACAUAGAAUAAUAUAUCUGAAAUAUGCUAAUGCAGAAUAAAAGAGGGGGUUUCUUAAAGAAAGAAUCCAUGUGUAGGAAUGGGCAGGCAUUUAUUCUCCUGCUUGCAGUCCUUUGCAAAAAAAUCUGUUGAUUUUUCAAAGCAUUUCCCCACCCCCACCCCAAAAAGAAUGCUUAGUGUUUUGAAAGCAUGAUUAAAGCUGCAAUACUAUACAUAUACACUUGGAAGUAAAUAUAUUAUAUUUUUGAGAAUAUAUUAUGCAUAGAAACUAGUGUAUAAGCAUGAAAUGUUAAUUAGUACAAAGUUUCACAAAAUGAAUAGACACAUUUUUUAAAAAAGCUAAAGAAUUCUUACCCAAAAAAUUAGGAUCACUGUUUUUAAUGAAAAUGUGCCAAAAAAAAUUAACGUUAUAGAAAAGGUCAGCUACUGUAGUAAGAAAUUACAUUAAGAUCCCUUUUUUUCUGCCCUAACAGAGGUUGUUACUAAUUUUUAUAUUUGAUCUUCAUUUGAUUGCCAUUUGUCUGCAGAAAAAAAUUCUUUUGUGGAUGACAGUUCAUUUGCUUUCCAGGAAAGUGGAUACUAACCAAGGACUACAUAAUUAAUAGUGCCGAAAGUGGCAGAUGGCUUGAUGAAACAACUUACGAAUGGGGAUAUAAAAUCGAAAAAGUCUCCCAUUAUUCACCUCAAAUGCAAUCUGCACCUAAAAGAUGGCGCGAAGAGCUGAUACGCUCUGGUGCUGCAGGGGCCUUUCACAGAUGGAAAGUUGUCCUCCUUGUUAUGAAUGGUGAUAAACUAGAGGAUUCUUUGAGAAGGUAGGAUAAGACUUCUUAAAACUGAAGAAAUUAAUAUGUUAUUUCACUUUGAUUUAGAUGAAAAUAGUUUUGUGGGUGUUUUCCUCCCUCUCACUUACUCUGGUCCACAGCAAUUCUGCUACAGGGUCGCUUCAACGAUAAUGUUUUAUUUAUAUAGAGAUAAUAUUGGUGUAGGAGAAAUUGUUUGCUAUGAAUUGUGAAGUGCAUUUUGGAUGUUUGGGGGGUUUCCCCCCUGUGAGUUAGAAGGGAUACCCAGCCGCACAGAAAAUUAAAUAACAAUACCACAACCGACUGCGUAGAAGAAUCUGCACAAGGGUUACUUCCAUGUGGACAAAAGGUCCUUUUCUUCAGUCUACAACUUUGUCUUGCAAAGAUCUUGAAUAUGUUUUUAGUAAUUGGAACACAUAUAAUAAUGAAUUCCAAAACCAAACAGUGUGAUUCAUUGGGAAGUAUUGGACUUGGUCCACAGAGACCUGGGUUCAAAUCUUUAUUAGAAGCUCAGUUGGAGACCUAAGACAAAUGAUCUCAGGAUUGUAAGGAUAAAGUGAGGUAAUUGCAUGUAUGCUGUCCUGUGCACCUUCAAUAUACCGUACAUUCUUCAGAAUUUAUUUUUAAUUUACUGUUUUCACUGCUAAACUCAGCAGUUAUUUUACUACUUUUCUUUUGCUUCUCUGUCUUUCUGCCCAUAGCUCUCCCCAUCAUGGUUGAUUGUGGGGGCUUAACAGGAGGAGAUGGUACUUGUAUUACAGUGUUACAAAUCCACCUGUACUGUUGUACCUGAAGUGUCCUUUUUUUCUUGAUGAAAUUAAAAUUAGUUUCCUUUCCCAGUAAACUGUACAGUUCUAAUCACUCAUUGAUCAUACAGACGUAGGCCCUUGCAAGCCUCAAGUAUUUGAUAAAAGGCAUAUAAGAAAUCUCCAGCAGAAUUGGCAGCCCCUUUCCCACAUGUAUUUGUGUUGUGCUGAUUUUCCAACAUAAACUCUUUGGGGGAGUCCAUGUGGUGCUUUCACCCUCAUUUAGCUACAGUGAAGGAGAGGAAGCAGCAGCCUCAUUGUGCUGCCCAACAAACUAUAGGUAGAAAAAGGAAGUAGUGGGAUGCACUAUUGCAGUUUGCAUCAUAUGGUUGCAGAAUGGGGCCAGGUGUUCAUACUGACUAGAGUGAAGAUGGCCUAGGUUACACACAGGAGCCAAUAAUCUGGCGUUAGAGAUUUGGGGCUUAUCCACACAGGUGCCCUGCACAGGUCCAUGCUUCAAAGUUCUGUGCCCAAGCAACAAAAAGCAGUUCAGGUUUUCCAUGGAUUGACGUUGGCUCCAAUUCAACUUUAAAGAGCAGGUUUUCGCGGGGGCAAAAAAAAGGAGAACAUUAAAGCGUUGACCGUGCCUGUAAAGUGUGGAUAAAUCCUAACUGAAUUAAUUUUUGUGUGAAAGGAUCUUCUUAUGUCCACUCUGCUUCCUAGGCCGUAUUUGCAUUUCCGUGUGUGUGUGUGUGUGUGUGUGUGUUAGGUUUGGUGUUUCUAUUAGGUUGCGCCCAUCUGAAGAACAAUGAACUUACUUGGAGAGAAGAAAAAAUGGGAAAUGAAUAUUGUCUAUUAUGGUCAUUCCCAUUUCUGCCCCUGGUUUUCACAUGGGACUUUUUCACACAGUUGGCUCUUCGCAUGUAAAUCCGGUAGUAAUUUCUGUUGAUCAGUUUAAAAACAACAACCACCGAAUCAAGCAUUUUGACUAUAUGAAAUCUGUUCAGUUUUAAACUAAUGCAAUGACAAAGCAAAUAUGCAUGUUUUUGAUAGGAAUUUUUUAAACUGCAUUUUUAGGUAUGUGUUUCCUCACCCCCACCACAGAAUUAAAGAGUAGAUUUAUGUUUCCUUUUUUGUAUGUUGUGUAGGUUUUAAAAUAAGAGUUACAUUUUAUAUUUUCAUCAAGUUUAUAUUGUUUCAUUCCUACAGAGUUCUAGAAGCAGGAAAAGCCACAGUCUAUGCAGCAUUAAGUGCACCAAAGGACAUUACUCAUGUGUUAACUAAUAACCCAGCAUUAGAUCAAGAAAGAGAGAAGCAUCUCAUUGGUGUGCCAUACUGUCCAGUUGGCUAUUUAGAAAUUUAUCUCUUAGAGGCAAGUACACUUAAUAUAAUGAGAAUCAUAAUCAAAAUACAUUAUUUUAAAUGUAACUGUUGAUUUGUGGCAAAUUUAAGAGUCCAAUUUAAGCCAAAUUAUCAUUGGAUUAAUAUUUCAACUCUGAUUUUUAUUUCGAAGCAUUUAAAUUCUCAUGAAUACUUCACAGUGAAAAUUAUCAGAAUGCUAUUGUAUCCAUCAUCUUCCUUAGAUUGCAUACAAGACACUGAAGUAUAGCAGCAUUAAGGAAAUGUUGGACCGUGAUUUGCUUUUGUGUGUUUGAGGCUAGCAAAUCCUGGCAACGUUGCAGUUGGAGACCUUGUGACAAUGUUUGCCAGGACUUCAGACCGUAUCUCUGGAUCAGUACACUAUGCAUGUUGAUCACCUAACUGAAUGCCCACAUCUAACAGGGUUGCAAGCAUGUUUUUUUCAGUAUUGGAUUUGGAGUUGCCCUUGGUAGUCGAACAUGAUUGGUGCAUUUAGUCUAUGUCUGCAAUCCCAUUAACAUAAAGUCUUGAGCAGAAUGCACCUUCCUAUCCAACUCAGGAUCCAGAUGGGAAUGGAAAUCAUUCACUUCCUUGGGCCUCUUCUUGUGGCUGUUAACAGCAUAUUACUGAAAGCCUUGUGUGUGCCUUCCUGAAGAUUGGGGCCCAUAUACUGAAUGCUUGAACAAGCUCUCUUUCUAAUUAUAUUUUCACAUAUUCACAACUGUUUCAGUAAUAGAACUGUACUCUCUAAGCCAGAGGUGGCUAACUAAUGGCCCUUCAGAUGUUGUUGGACUCCAGGUCUCAUCAUCCUCUACCAAUAGGACCAAUGGCCAGGAAUGAUGGUACUUGCAGUUCAGCAACAUUUGGAGGGCCACAGCUUAGCCACCACUAGGAAAAGUCCAAAUUGCUUGAGUUGGAUCCAGACUACAUGCAGAAGGAACCCCUGAAAAUGAGCCCCUAAAAAGCUGCUUCAGAAAAAUCAGGAGAUUCCCUGGAACAGGAUGACAGAGGGCACUGGGCACUUUCUUCCUGUGGGGAGGCUUCUUCUGGAUCUCAAUUCCUAUAACAAAUGGAAGAAGUCAUUCCAUUCACCAAAAGACCAGGCUGGAUCCAACCCAUAGUGUUUUAGCUCUAAUUGUCUCUGUUGCUGUAUGGCCUCUCUAUAUUUGAAUAGACAAUAAUAUGCUGCAUUUAUCACUCAGAAGGAAAUUAAAAGCGAUACUGAAAUAUACCAGGAGAACCAUCUUAAACCCGAACAGUCAAGACAGGUGAUGACUGGCAGGCAUCUUGCUGAAAUGAAAAAUGAACUUAUAAAGCAUAUAUAUUCUGAACAGGUAAAAACUAGUCUUAUGUACAUUUAUUACUUUUAUAGCAUAGGUCAACUGAAGAAAAAAGUCUCCACAUAAAUAAAUGUGGAAGAACCUGGUUCACCAGAUUAUGAGAUUACUGCUCUUAACCACUGCACCACACUGGCUCUCUCUGUGUUUGGCUCUGUGCUGUGGGACACAGGCAGCUGUUUGUGUAUACAUCUGGCAAAUUUUACUUGAUUACUUUUUUGUGUUUUACCUGUAACUCUCUAUCCAUAGCUUGGUAAUGAUCUUGGAAAGGACAUUGUCUGAAUAGUGAAUCUCUUAAGAACUGCAAAAUGCUGCUGAUACUGAACCUCAGUUGAUAUAUUGUGUGACUAAAACAAGGACCCUCCCAACUUAUUCCGUGUAUCCAAUGGCAUUUCUUUACCACAUGUGCUUACUCAGCAGCAAUUCCCGAUAAGGCCUGCCACUACCUCUUACGAUGUUCACAAAAUGCCUCAGUAACUAUCCCCUAUGAACCUAUGACUGUAAACCUCAGUCGUCACCCCGGAACUUGGUGAAACUAGCUUCCAAGUAAACAGCUUUAGGAUCAAACAGUUUCCUUUGUAUUGUUACCAUGCACUAUGACUGACAAAUUUUGAGUAAGCAUACAUUCUUAUUUUAAAUCAAUAAUUUGCUUUUAAUUUACAGGCAAUGCUAAGAAAAUAUACUCAAAUAGACCAAAUGACUGAGUGCAGAAAUGUGGUAAGAUAUGGAUACUGGGCUGGGAGGGGAGAGAGAGAGAAAGAAAAAGAUGAUGCUGGAAUAGUUUUAGUUUCUUGCCAGCGAUCGGGUUUCAACAAAUGCUGCCUUUACCUUUAAAUAUUAUGCUAAGUAAGGAGAGAGGAAAGGUUACGAAUGGUGACUUCAUAGUGUGUCUAUCACAGCUCAACAUACACAUAUAUAGCACAUUCAUGCAUGUUUUCUUUAUUCUACUUCAAAUGCUGCAGCUUUCAAGGGCAAUAGAAAAAAACACCUAAAAAGCACUGGCAUGCAUGCAGAACAAGCAGUCUUUCUAUUGCAGCUAUUGAUACUCCCACAUAUGUGUGAGUAUUCAAACCUGAAGGAGGUUAUGGCUAUGGACUCUCCACCCCUUUCCCCCAUGUCUUGCUUACAAAUAUUGACUGGGUGCACUCCAGAUUCCCAUCUGGGGAAUCUGUUCUUUUUAGAAUUGCAAGCCCUUGUGUUCAAAUGACAAGCUUUGCUGCCAAUGUAGAAUGCGAUUCCAUCCUUAAUUAAAUGUAUCUGUGUGUGCUGGAUAGUGUCUGCAAUCCAGAGAAUUAGCUGAGCUCACACUAAAAGAUCCUACGCCCACAGAAAUUGCCACAUACAAAUGUUUUACAUAGCAACCCUUUGGAUCAUUUCAGAGUCCUCAGCAUGGGGCAAUUAGGUAGGCUUAAAUAUCUGCACAGCAUAUCUAUCUUUUAUAGCUUUUGAAAUUCACAAAGGGAUAUCCCAGUGCUUAAUGUAUAAUUUAUGGUAAUUCAGCACUUGCUGCUCCUCUUGCUUACGAUGGGAGUUAUGCAAUUUAUAAAUCUGGAACGCAGCUAGUUGUGAUUUGGGAUAGCUCUGUGAGCUAGAGUAAUGAUGUCAGGUAUAUGCCAGAUUUAUAAUUUUGUUUUAUGAAAGCCCCCAGUGAGUCAUGCACUGAUCCUCCCAACAACUUAUUCCUUGGACAUUGCAAUCCUGAAACCCACCUGUACAUCACCCAUUAAGAAAAUUAAGUUUAAUAAUAGAUGUUCUGCAAUACAACAUAAUUAAACGAUUAACUAAAAAAAAGUACUUUCAUUUUUAUUUCUUACUAUCCUGUGUUAAACAGCAAAUAUGGUGGAUGCGAGGAUGGAAAGUAUUUAGAGAAAUACCUGGGAUAGACCUGGGGUAUGACAUUGGGAAAGGAUUGUUGCUAUUCCCAGUGGGUUAAUCCAGUUGGCCAGGGGUAGAAAACCUCCAGCUCACAGGCCUAAUAGGCCUGGCAGGGGUCCCAGUUUGGCCCAUCAGGCCAUUUCCCCCAAACCAUGCCCAUCAUAUGUGAUGUCAGGUGUGGGGCAGGUAGAGAUGCAGGAACCUUAAAAGUGCCCUCCUUGAUUAUGCUUUGGAGGAACUUAGUAGUGCAGUUGACCCCUGCCCAAAACAGAGCAUGUCGAACUCUAGUGGGCUUAUCAGUGCCUGUCAAUGGUAAUAAGCAAUAACUUCAAGGCCACUGGAUUGGCUGUGCAGCUGAUUCCUGUUAAAAGCAAGCUUGGAGUUACCAUCUCUCAGCUCAUCCCACUACAAGGGAAAAAAUUGUCACCAGACAUGUUGGGUGAUUGACAGGGGGCACGGCCCCAUCAACUGUCAAAGUGGCUUAGUGGGGUUGGGGGAUGCAAGCAGGCAGUCUGUUCUUUGCAUUUUAUUUUUUGUUACAAAAUUGGCUGUUCUUUUCCAUAUAUAUAUAUAUAUAUAUAUAUAUAUAUAUAUAUAUAUUUAAGUAAAGACUUUGUGUUAGGGUUUCAACUUGGAUUUAUCAAUUUUUAAAGAAUUGAUUAACCAAAGAAGAGUCCCAAUUAAUCAAGCAACAGACUGUUUAAAAACAGUCAUUUUUAAUACUACUUAUAAAAACUAUGGAUAACUGUUUUCUCUUUCUCUGCCACACUGGAGGAAAUGUGACUUCUAAAACUAUACCUAGUUUGACACUUUUGUGCAUUCUCUAAAAAUAAAGGCUUUCUUUGUGCUUUAGAAUUGCCUCAAUUCAUAUGCAAAUACAGUUUAAUCGAUUAACCAACAAACUUAGAAGUUUCUUUAAACGGCCCUAACUUAUGUUUAUGUGUAUCUGAUCAGUGCUUAAUCUUGUAAUUCUUGGUCUUUCAUUCCCUAGGCAAAAAAUACUCGCUGUUCUGGAGGAACCAACAAUAUACUUGAACUAGUAGAUGACCACUUAUUUCCUAUUGCAAUCUCAGAAUUUUUAUUUGGAAAAGAUCUGAUUCCUCCUGCUAAACUUGUUCACUCUCUUCUAGAGCACAUACUUCAGGUGAGAAUGGCAGCUUAUGAGAACUGGUACAUUGCAGUGGCUAAGAAGGAGUGGCCGGGUCACUGGUUUCUCUUGCCUUACCUUAGCCAACUGUUUGUGCCUUCAGCACCUCCUCUUCAAAAUUAGCUUAAUACUGUACUGACCUCCCUUACAAGGCUGUUGUAAGGAUUUUACUCAUACGACUAUGUAGGUACUAAAUACUAUUGUCAGAUAUGAAGUAUGAUGUCAGUGUAAAAGAGGUUAAUAAGUUGUUUUUCCUUUUUCAGUUGCUUUUAUUUUUAACCUUAUUUUCCCAUUUGUUUUCCCCCUAGUUUGAUGCUAUGGUUUUUAGUAUUUACCACACUAAAAUCCCAGUUAAUGUGUUUAGCACACAAUGCACACUGAUUUUGCUACAUGAAUCUUUCCUGUAGUAUCGAAAUGCUAGCCAGUUUGGCAGACUGUGUUGGGGAGGCACUUUCCAUUGCAGUGAAUAAGGAACUUGCAGGAGCAGGAGGCAAUUGCAUCCAUUUCCUUGUGAAUUCUGACAUCCAUGCCAUGGCACUGAAGGGCAAAUGGGGGUGCCAUGACCUUUCAAACCACUCUCAGACCUAGAAACUGAAAGUUUUGGAGUUGGCUGUGAUUACUUAGUGGCCAAGAACACUGAGUUCUGACUUCAAAACCAAAUUCCAGCAGCUAGAUUUGGCUUGCCAUUCUUCCCUGUUUACAAUGUAUAUACCCUGUUUCCAUGUUAGAAAAAGCUGUGUACAGUGGUACUUUAGGUUAUUAACUUAAUUCAUUCCGGAGGUCCGUUCUUAACCCGAAACCGUUCUUAACCUGAAGUGCGCUUUUGCUAAUGGGGCCUCCUGCUGCUGCUGCACUGCCGAUGUGUGAUUUCUGUUCUCAUCCUGGGGCAAAGUUAGUACAAACCCAAAAUGUUUGUAACCCGAGGUGUUUGUAACCCAAGGUACCACUGAACUCUGUCACUUAUCUACAUAUCUAUGUAAAGGUAAAGGACCCCUGGACAGUUAAGUCCAGUCAAAGGCGACUAUGGGGUUGCAGUGUUCAUCUCGCUUUCAGGCCAAGGGAGAUGGCGUUUGUCCACAGACAGCUUUCUGGGUCAUGUGACCAGCAUGACUAAACCGCUUCUGGCGCAACGGAACACCGUGAUGGAAACCAGAGCACACGGAAAUGCCAUUUACCUUCCCGCCGCAGCGGUACCUAUUUAUCUACUUGCACUGGUGUGCUUUCAAACUGCUAGUUUGGCAGGAGCUGGGACAGAGCAACGGGAGCUCACCCUGUUGCGGGGAUUCGAACUGCAAGCCUUCUGAUUGGCAAGCCCAAGAGGCUCAGUGGUUUAGACCACAGCACCUCCCGUAUCCCAUAUAUAUCCAUGUAGGUAGAACUAAUCAGCAUUUGUCAGGUAGCCCUCAAGCCACCCACCUCUGGGUGUCAGGCUCAAGUGAAACAGCAGCCCUUCUUCCUAUUUAUGCAUGCAAGUCUGGAGCAUUUCUGAUUGCCCUGUGUGAAAUGUAUGUAGCUCACUGGUAAAGUACAUGCUUUACAUGCAGAGCAUCCCUGGUUCAAUCCCUGGCAUCUCCAGGUAGAACUGGCAGACACACCUAGAGCUGCUGCCAGUCAGUGGCAACAGUACUGACUUAGAUGGACUCAAUGGUAUAAGGCAGCUUUUGUAUUUAAGGACCUUCACUACGGUGUAUCCCUAGGUUUCUAGGCUGCCAGUCUUUGACGUAGAAAAGAGCUAGCACUUCAUUCCCACCAACACAUUGAAACUGAUGGGCUUUUAAUUCAUACUGUGUAACUGUAAAUUAUUCUUAAUGGUUUGGGAUUAAAGGUAAAAGAUUACCUGAGAAAUCUACAUACACCACUUUGAGUUCCAUGAUAGAAAAAAGUGGGUUAUAAUGCUGCUUAAAUGGCAGAUCCAAUAAAGAAAGAUGGCUUAGUGAUAAAUAUAUAUUGUGUGGAAACAUUGUUGAAAGGUGGUAUGUAUUUUAAAACACCAUUUAUUUGUCUCAAACUAGUUAAUUUCAGUGGCAGGAACAACAGGUGUAAGAUUGGAACAAAGUGAUAGACUGAGAUGUGUUCAUGUUUGAUUACAGGGAAAUUCAGACCCUGCACUUCCUGUCCAGUUCUUUCAUAUCAUGUAUGCUCUUCUUCAACACGAUCCUCCUUGGAAAUCACCUUCUAUGUUAACGUACUACCUGGAAGUUCUUCAGUGUCCCAUUUGCAUGAGAGGAACAUGGCCUCUGUUAGAGAUGCUUGUGAGGUAAGACCACUCUGGAAUAAUUCCAUUGGCCUGAUUUGCACAAACGACAGUAUGGUUAACAAACCAUAGUUAAAGCUGAUGCAUCUAGUAAAUGAUCACUUAAACCUUGAUUUCCAUUAAAGGAGACACAAGAGCUGCUGUUCACUUGCGGCUCUAUAGCUUGUGCAUGGUAAAUAUUCCAUAACCAUAGUUAUGGAGGGAAUCCAAGUUUGCUCAUAAUACUAAACCUAUGGUUAAUGUUAACUAAGAUUUAUAAACUACGUGCUUUUUAAUGAGGCACUGAAAUUACAAUAGACUAUGAAAAAGGUAACUCCUUCUCAUGGAAUACGUACAAUGUUAUUUCUUAACCAUAUAUACCCACCCCAAUAUUAGGGAAAAGUGAAGGAAGGUGGCUUGGGUUAGAGUGUUGGACUAUGACCUGGGACACCAAGGUUCAAAUCCCUACUCGGUCAUGAAGCUCACUGGGUAACCUUGGGCAAGUUAUCGUCUCUUAGUCUAACCUAUCUCACUGGGUUGUUGUGCGGAUGAAAUGGGGAGGAGGAAAACCGUAUACACUACCUCCAGCUCCUUGGAAGAUAAAGGUGAUAUAUAGAUGUAAUAAAUAAGUAAUCUUACUUUAAGGGGGGUAGGAAAGUUUGGGUGCAAUCCAGAUAAUAAAACUGUCUGGAUAUUGGCAAUUUUACUUGCUAUUAAUUUCAGUGGGGUUUAAGCAUGCCUCUUUAGAGCACUUCCACAAUGUUCCACAGAUUUAAGUUGGAGCACUGUGUCAGAAUUGUUCAGCAGAUUAUCAGUGUGUAUGUCAAGUCAAUGAGGUUUUAUUUUGCAUUUUUCAACUUUGAAAAAUUGGGUUGAAAAAUGCAUCACAUGAUUUAUAUUUUUUUAUUUUUCCUAUUUUUUUGUAUGUAUUCACAAACCACUCUGUCAGGUGUAGUACUUCUCAAGCCCACGGGACUACAGUAUAGCAUAAGUAUAAUCAGUUGCUCAGAAAGCUCUUGAAAUAUUCAAGUAAAAAAUAUUUCAUAUUUGUAAGAUUUUAAUUUGACUUUUGACUAAAGUGGCUUAUGCUUUCUGAGCCUUUUAGUUCAGAAAAAAUAUGAACUAAAGCAAGAUUGAGGUUUUUAAAAUUACGCAAUGUGCAGAGAAAGUGAACAGAGAUAAGUUUUCUUCCUUUCAUAGUACUAGAACUCAGCGUCAUGCAAUGAGGUUGAUUGGCAGUGGAUUCAGGAGAGAUAAAAGAAAGUACUUCACACAAGGCAUAAUUAAUUUUGGUUUAUGGAACACAGUGCCACACAGUGUGUUGACUGCUAGAUUAGAUGGCUUUAAAAGUGACAUAGUCAGAUUAAAGAUGAGUAAGUAUAUAAACUGUUAUAAAUUGCGAAUUGCUGUAUCAUCCCCCAUGCUCUGCUUGUGAGCAUCACAGAGGCAUCUGCCUAGCUACAAUAAUGGUGGAAAACUUGAUGGAAAUGUAAUUCUGGAUGUGGAACAUCAAGAUGAAGAUAAAGCAAUUGAUGGAUGGGAUCUAGGCAUCUCCAUCUCCAAAGGAAGGUCUUUCCCCCAUUCAUUGAGGGGAGUUUGAUCCAGUGGAGACUCCUUCUCUGCUAACUGGUUAUUCCCAUGUGCAAAAGCCAGAGUAAGUGGUUUUGGCAACAUCUCUCUACAUUUCUGGAGGAUCUCCCAACCCUCCCAAGAAAGUUUUCAGGUGCUGCAGGGUGAACGAAGAAUUGCAGGAAAUUGCUCCUGCCCAUGGGAGUUUCCAGAUACUGUAGUGGAUUUAUUCCUGAGGCAAGACUGGAUCCAAGUCAGUAAAUGUAGUGAAGAACUUUCAAGUUCACUGUUUUUCUUUAGGUUCAGGAAUUUCUUGAGCUCAUUGUAAAGUCCUCAGAACUUGAAUGUUUGCAUUUAAAACAGCUAACAAUUAAAGUUAUAUAUACGGUCUGUACAUAUGAAGACUGUUGUAAAAAGCUGGAAGCCAGACAAUUAGCUCUUUGGAGAGAAUAGGGGAGCACAGAGUGCUGAAUCCUGCCCUUGGUUUUCUCAUUCAAUAGGAUUUCAUCAUUCCUGUCUGCAAGCUCCAUAUGCAUAGCCCAAGCAGUGGAAUCAGGCUCAAAGCACACUUUCUGUUUACAGUUCCUUAUUUGACUGGGGAUUUGUGUAUUUAUUUGGUUGGUUUUUUAAAAAUUUAAUAUCUUGCCCUUUAUCUGAAGAGUGCAGGUUGGGUUACAAUAACAAAUGCACUGAAAAUAAAAUAGCAACACUUUUAAAGUAAAAACAAUCUUUCAGUCCCUGUAGCCAGUCUGCAAACAUCCUUCUAGAUACUUUAUGGAAACACAGGUCUUCUGCUGGCACCCAGAGCUGAAAAAAGGUUAGCACUAUGUGGAGCUCACAGGCACCUUACUGGAGCUGGUGAACUUUGGGCUGUGGGGACAGAAAGGAAGAUCAGAAAAUAUCCUGAUUUAUCUGACCCUUAACUAUUGCUUGUGCUUUCCCCACCAGGUCUUGCCUUUACUGCAGUAAUAUUUGUCAUUCAGUCCCUGUUACAGAAACCACAGAUGAGGCAAGAAUGUUUCACAAAACACUGUUAAUGUUUCUUAUGAAUAUGUUCCAAGAUGAAGUAAUAGCAUUAACAAGAAGGUGUGUUUCAAUGAAUGUUUUUACCUUUUUAAUUUCUAACCCAUUUUUGUAUCUUACCAUCAAGUUGCGCCCAAAGUACAUUGUACUACCCACUUGAUUACUUUUCCUGUACUUUUAUGUCAGUUUUUAAGAAAGCUAUUCUGAUUCUAGGUAAAUGGCCAGAUAUGUUUCUAAACUUUUUUCAAAAAUUACUUUUACACAUUAGUUCUUUAAUUUACACACACACACACACACACACACACACACACACACGCUUAAGUGUGUAAGUGUUUAACAUUGCAGUUCUGUGAUUUUUCUUAGUCUAGGCUUAGAUUAAAAGCCUUUUUUCAUAAUGUGCACAUAAUACUUAGAUUUUACUGGAGACAAUUCUGGAAAUUACACUGUAACAGCAAAAAGCCUUAGGCUUGUAACCUCUUCCUUUAUGUGGUGGUAUGUUUCUUUGUUCUUAAAGUGCAAAAAUUCAAAUUUUUAAAAUUAACAUUACUAUGGGCUGUAUCCAAGAUUAGCCAUACUCAGAGUAAACCUAUUGAAAUUACGGGCACAACUAACUUCAGGCUAUGAAUUUCAGUGGGUCUUCUCUGAGCAGAACCUAGGUAGAUACAAAUCUAUCCACUGUCCCCCCCCCCCCCUAAGUUUGGGAGGGUUCGUUAUACUUCAUUAUGCCUGAAUAUCACUCUGGAUUGUAGCUAGAGACAUCAUUUCUAUCAAAGUUUGAAUUCCGUUGUAAUUUAAAACGUGCUAAAUUGCAGAUUUUAACAGAAGAUAUACUGUGUGUUAUGUAAUCAUUGUAACGAAACAGAAAAACAGAUUUAGGAAUUAUUUUUCUUUUACAGUUUGUGUGAAGAAGAUUCACAGCAAGCACAAGUGAUGCCACAAACUGUUCUUCUGGAAACAUUCUGGUUAGGAAAUGAAUCGGUGCUUUUCACAAAACGUAUAAAUAUUCUAGUAGACUGGGUCAUAAAUUCCUAUAGAGAGAAGUACAAGACAGAUGAUGUGAGUGAUUUAUCAACUAUGAAGAGUAAAGAAAGCCCAAUAACGCCUUUUGUGUUUUGCUGCUUUCUCCCAGGACUCUUAAUAAUGUUCCAUGACUGUAUAUGUUCCCUACUCCCUAGAACAAGGCUUUUGCGUUGUUGUUCCCCAGAUGGCCUUAAUCAUGGUUAAAGGCUAUUGUCUAUUGAUUUCAGUGGGUCUUCUCUGAGCAUGACUUAGCUGAGUAUCUCCUUUAUGUGGCACUGCCACUUAACUGAUUAGUAAUGUCAUCUUAAGUAUGUUUUGAAACCAUGGGUUGACGUUUGUUUAAAAUACUAUUGAAAAUGGAUCCUUGGAACUGUGAAUUUCUUCUGAUGAAUGCAAAUAAAUUCUCUCACAACUGAUGUAUCUGAGAAGCUGAUACCUGAAAAUCUUGGUUAACAGCUUAUGUCAUAAGAGAUUUCUGUAAUCUCCAAUAUGUCCUCAAAGUAACAGACGCUUUACCCUUUGUGUCGGUAAAGAUAGAUCUAAAAGGGUUCCCCCUGGUUUCAAGUAAAAUAUGCAAAAUGGAGAGCUUGGUUCCUGGAAAACAGUUGCCUAAGACAAGGUUCAAAAUGUCCCGGAGCCAUGAUUAAGUGAGGCAUACGCUAUGCUAUUUAUUUUAACAUAGCAAGACUUUGUAAUCUUUAAUUAGAAAUAGCUUGAUGGGAGCGUACUUAACUGAGCUCCUGUAGCAUCAGAGUCAGUGCCCUUCUGACAAUUUCUGUACAGGGGAAUCCCUGCUGUUGCAUGCGUCAGCUCCUUCCAGUCUGUUCUGCCCCCGCCCCCUUUCGGCACCAAAAACGGCAUGCGUCUUAGUAGUCGUGUGAGGAGUUGCCUGUACUCAUGAGUCAAACAAUUGAAGAGAACCAUUUAGUUUUAAAUGCAGGAAUUAAUGAUUUGAAUCAGUUUCUUAUGUUAUGGAAGACCUGGUUAAUUGCAAAGGUAUUCUACAAGCUACCAUAUAAUCAACUAUACUAGAGCCUCACAAACAAAAUGGAGAAUGUAAAUUCUCCCUAUGUAUCAGCCUGUAGUUUUAUUUUGGAUUAGCAUGGCGAAACAAUAUAUUAAUUGGAAUAUACAUAAGCAGGGUUAAUUAAUUUGGCCUUCAUUUUAGCUCCUCUAGGGGAGUAGUCUGUCCUCGAAAUAUUUUAGCAGGGGGCAUUUGAAUUCAAGAGUGAGUUGCUUGGUCCAAUCCUGGCGUUGAAGUUAGCAGCACAUGGUAGCAGGGCCUCAGCAUGUUUAAUAGAGCAGUUAUCUGUUCCAUCCAAGCACCUAAAAUUUGUGCUUCUUGAAUGUUAGUGGAUAAAGAUUGGUGAUCAAUAAGAUUAAAUAUUUCAGCUCCCAAUCACAUGAACAAACAAGUCAUAAUCUUCUGGCAAUAUUGUGGUAUAGUUAAGGAAACUGUAGUAAGACCUGGUAAAUUUCUUGGAGUUACGAUGCUCAUAGGGUAGAGCAGUUUAAAAUGGAUGAAACAGACUUUAAUUUCUACGUUAAGAAAAAAUAUAGUAAUAGAGAGAUUUUAAAGGCGAUCUUCUCUUCUAGAUCAUCAAGCAUGAAGUAGCUGACCUGUUGAAUAGAAUUUUGGGAGUUGUGGUCGAAUACUGGAUUCUUUCAGGGUUCUUAAUAGACAAAAAUAUGUUACAUCCUGUAGCUGCGGAUCUUGCAUCUUAUAUUGCCAUUUCAUGUAAUGGUAAGAUUGUAAUAUAUUUUGUCAUACACAUGUAUAGUGAAGAAACUCUUCAGUUCUCUGUAUCUAAACCAGAAGACUGUAGUUGGAAUAUUUGGCUGCUUAUUUUAUCACUUAUUCCAACUCGGUGUGUGAAGCCUUCCUCAUCUGUGACACCUGAAUUUAUCCUUGCCCCGUCUUCAUUAUCUCUCUCUCUCUCUUGGUGUUCUUCCCAUAUCAGAAUACUUUAGCUGGCAUUUUUAACUACCAGCUUAUACUUCCCUUGCCGCCUCUUCUUUUUUUUUUUUAAUAGGCCACUGGUUCUGGUUCUGCACUGUAAGCUUACAGCACUACUAAUGCAUAGAAAGUGUAAUUAUUAUUAAUGUUUGCUAGAUAAUAAAUAAUAAUGUUGAUGGUAAUAAUAAUGAUUAGGAUGUUUCCAUAAAUAAAUCAAGCACCUCAUGUUUGUAAAUCAUAAGCAAUUGGUGGAAGAGGACGCGAGAGUGCCCAGAGCUAUACAGGCAAUCUUCCAUAUAUUCCAUUGUCAUUUUGCAAAUGGGGACACAAAAUUGUACAUUCACUAUCUGCAUUGCCAAGAGUAGUAGUGUAGGGAGUUACUGUAAACAACUAAUUAUAAAUUUCACCUAAACAGAUUACAUAAUUCAUAUUAGAGCCUGAUUGCUAAAAUGUAAAGUUUGGGUAUCCACAAGCAUGCUGGCAGUAUAAAAUCUCUGUCCUAGUACAGAUUUUAAAGUUUCUUGUAUUGUAACUUUCAUGAACAAAAAUCUCUCCAUUAAAAAAAACCCAAAUCCAUGCAAGCAUGGAUUUUACAUACUGUUUUAAAAUGGCAUUUACCGAAUAUUUUAAGUACUUCAGCUUUGCAAACCUGUUCCUCUUAGCUACUGCAUAAUGUGUUUUCUUCAAUUUGAUAUCUGGAGUACUAUGUCCAGUUCUCUGCUGCCACAGGUGGGAAGACUAGGUUCCCUGGGUUCAAUUUACAGGAGCGUAGAUUUCAAUUGAACAUUAGGAUAAGCUUGACACUAAGAAUAGCUUGACAGAAGAACCAAAAGAAGUAGCUCUGCCUCUCCAGAAGCUGGGCAGUUAUCUGCUGGGAGUGCUGCAUCUUUCUGUUUCUAGAAUUGGGCAAGCAAUUCUACAGCUAGUUUAGUAAUUCUAACAAUUUAGGAAUAGCAAUUAAAGGACAGAAAUGCAGCAAUAAUAUUCUCUGUAUUGUCUCCCUAACACUUUCUUACUGUCUCCCUUUUCUUCAGAUUUUUCACCACAGGAAUUAAAAACAUUCAUUUCUUCCAUAACAUCUCUGUGGCUUGAAAUGUUUGUUGCAGAAGCAGUUUUUAAAAACUUGCCAUUCCAAACCAACGCUGUUGUUUCUACUGAAUUGCUGUCUCUCCAAAAAAUGGUAAGUGUCAUUUGUACUAAGUAAUAUCUUUCUUAAUGCAAAAACAUUCUGGCCUAGAUCAAAUGCAGUGAUCUUGGUCCAAUAAACCAUUCAUUUUUGCACCAGGAAUUAACUAUGUGCCGGCAUGCUUCAUCCUCCUCUCUGACCUUCUUUCCUCCAUCCCUCCCCCUCAUACACAUUAACUCAAGACUUACUGGUUUGUUAAACCAAUUUUCUUGUGGCAACUGAACUGGGAAACUGAUGUUUGAGCUAUUCCAACCAUGAUAUCAGGUAUCAAACCAUGAUAGCAACUAGACAGCUGAUAUUCUUCUGGGAUUGGGGGAGGGUUCUAAAGGACUCUUUAGAAACAACUUCACAAGUUUUCCUUCUGGCUCCUCUGUUCCUCAGUGUCAGGAUACCCCUGUCUUGCUUCAACCUCUCUUCCUGCCCCCCUAAUUUUAUACAUAUCUAUAUUUCAUCUGUUCCUCUUGGGAAUUUUUGCUUCUUUCCAAUCAACAGAGAUUGGGUACUGUACUAGUGUUGCAGGACUUAAUGGUAAACAUUACAAACUAGACUUCCGCUGGUGCAACAUUGGAUCCAGCCCAGUGCAUCUUACUCUCAUUCCCCAUGGCAAAUUGCCUUCUGCUGUAGUGCAGCAUAUUUCCCCCGAUUCCAACACAUGGAUGCUACUUUCGAGCAUGUACUUGAACCCUAAAGCGCAGUAGCCCACAAUACAGCAAACCACUCAAAAGCCAAAAUAUGUGUGAGAAGAGCAAGUCAAGUUCCCAGCAGCACCCCAACAACAUAACCUGCAUAGGGGUGUGAGAAACUAUAUGCGUCCUUAAGAGUUUCACACCAUAAGCCUUACUUUAAAAGGCUUUUGUGAAGUCUAGGUAUGCUAAUCUGGAAGAUAAGCUUUAAAUGCAAUAAAGAUCUGGAGGGAACUGUUAGCGUUGCUAAUUACCAGAUGUGUGUUAAUGUGUCAUAUUUAACAUAGCUGGACUAAAGUUUGACUCUUGCAACAGGUUUGUUCCUAUCUGCCUGCUUUACAAGUUGGGUUGUGUGAGCCAAGGAUACACAAAGCAAAGAAAAGGAAAAUAGGGCAAUGGCCUUGCCCUAAGUCUCAAAGGGCAUUACUGAUGCUAAAUGGUGAUAAGCAGAACCAAGCCGAAGUGCUGCCUGAUGUACCGUAAGUAAUACCUAUAACAUCACCAGUUUUAUUCUGCUUUGGGGGACAGCUUCUGACCUGACACAUUUCUUGAACUUUAUGUGACCUGUGUUGUUGUCUGCAAAUUACUGUGACUGGCAGAAAGCUCGGUUUUAAUCCUGUAACACAUCUGGGAAUGGUGAGGGUUUUUUCCCCCUUUUCCCUUUCCCUGCAUAUAUGUAGACUUCACAGACUAUACAUACUUUCCCACUAUUAAUGUAAAUUGCUUCCCAGGAGAAAUAGAAGUAUUCAAGAAAUAAUGUUUUUAGAGUGAGCUUAAGCCCUGUAUAUUGAAUGAUUGGUGGGUUUAUUACAAGCACAUACUGUAUGGAAUGUUUCAAAACUACAGUGACUUAAAUUUCAAAAUAUGAAAGCAUGUAGAUGUAUCUGUCUGCUAGAACACUUGUUACUUCUGAACAAGUGGGUGUUGUUGGUUUUUUUAAAUGUAAAUAAAGUUCAGUCUUUUAACGUACUUUUACCACUUCUUGCUUUUAGUAUACAAGGCACUGAUAACUCUGCUUGUGUUCAAAAGAAAUUGGGAAACAAAGCUGAAGUUGAGAUGAUGCGCAGCAAAGAUAAUCAUCAUUUUUCAGGGAAGCAGGGGACUGUUAACAAGGUUAACGUUAAAGGUACUGUGAUUUCCUAACUUAUGCUUAGUACUUCACAAGUUUGCAAUCCGUAGUUCCACAUUUGGCCCCAGUGAAGAUGGAGUGGUAUCUCAUUAUUGCCAUAAGUCAAACAUGGCUUUCUUGUGCCAUUUUUUUAAAUGCCCUUUUUUAAAGUUGGGGAUAUGACUGUCUGCUUUUUUUAAUCAGUCAAACACACACUCACACCAUUUUCUCUUGAGUUGUAAAUUGAGAAUGCAUCCUAAAAUGAGUCCAUUCCAGCCAUAGCCUUAUUUCACUAAUCCACCUCAACCUGUGCUUGGAAGAAUCAGCAUUGUCCUCUGAUUUGAAAGUCUAAUUCAGUCUUCAUCUCUUUCCGUCCUAGACGUUUUGCAAACAAAGACCGAAGUGUAUGCUGAAUUACAUAGCCCCAUUAAGCAUAUGGACUGUUUUCUUCUAGGCAUCGAGCCCAAGCUAUGAAAUGCAUUUGGAUUUUAGUUUUAACUACACUAGAACCCAAGCACUUGAGUUUUAAAUAGCACAGUACAGUAGUUUACACAGGCUCUGUUCAAUACACAAAUGUAAUAAAAUGUACUUAUAUGCUUGUACCUGUCUUAAAUCAAUUUCUGGAACUAUUUUUAAUAUGAAUUUAACCUAGACAUAUAUAAUUAUUGCCAUUCAAAGCGCUCUGAAGUAUAACGGUAAUGGAUAUCAGAAGGGAUAUUUUAGAACUAUAUGCUAAGCUAUUGGUAGAGCCAGAAACAGCAGAACCCUCAUUUUGCUUGGAUUUAAAUUUUAUGCCCACCCUAUGCCAAAGUCUCUAUAUCAGCAAAUGCACUGAUAAAAAAAAUCAUCUGAUUUCCCCCCUACUGGUGUGCUAUUGGAGAGGUAAUACAAACUGAUAUAUAAUUACUCUUAAAAGAAGUGGCUAAAAUAUGAUACAUUGGGAAAGAUAGACUUGAUUGUUGCCCACAACGAACAACCAGACACUCUGCAUAAGAAUAAUAUCCUGUUGCAUAUAAAUAAGGAAAUUUACUGACCCAGUCCCAAUGAGAAAAUGUGGGGGUGGGAGGGCAGAAUGUUCUCAUUUGGGUAAAUUUCAUCAUUCACUUGGAAACGUGUUUUUUGUCAACUCUUGUUCCGGUAUAAUCAGUGGACAAAAACGUAAACAAAUAUCAGAAUUUUACAGCCUGCCUUCGUUAAUUGAGCCACUACCUGUAAACUGCAGUCAGUCUUCACUGUCUUCCUUCUCUCUUUUUUUCUAGGUCUAAAUGAGUGUGUGUGUGUGUGUGUGUGUGUGUGUGUGUGUGUGUGUGUUCCCUCUUCUUAAGACUGCUUCAUUCUUCUUAAUCUCUCUCCCUCUCCCUCCUCCACCCCCCCCCCCUUUUCUCUCUGGUACUGUAGGCAAGCCAGACAGCCUAUUGAGAAACAGCAAACCAUCUGUUAACGGAUUUGAAGUUCUGAAUUAUACUUGAGUGUGUAGAGGCACUCGUGCUUAGCCAGAAACAUUCAUUUGAAUUAAGCUACAAACGCUGUGUAAAAAGAACCAUACACUUAAUGUAGCUUCAUGAAUAAAUUUAAGGGAGGGCAACUGUGCUCUAAACUUUUAUUGCUUCAAAACCAAGCAUUUUUGGUGUUCUGUGAUCAUUCGGUGCUUUUAUAAUGUGGUUGAAGCUUUACAGCUUGAACGGGUGGGUGGGGGAGAGGGAGAGAUAAUUCCUGUGUUAACCCUUUAGCAGUGCAGUUCCAUUGCUGGAUCUCUGAUGGAACAGAAGCUCUGUGGGCUUUUUGAGUUUUCUUAAAAGGUAUUUAAACAGGACAAAGGGAAAUCUUAUUCAUUACUGAGUGCUCUGGCGUGUAGCCAGAUCUCCUAGUUCCUGCGCUUUGAUUAUUUUCUUCAGUUGCCAUUUUGCCUAGACUGGUAUAAUCUAUUAAUUCUGUUUGCUAGGAGAGACUGCCCUGCAUACUGCUUGCAAAAGGAACAAUGUGGAGAGAUUGAUUCAUCUUCUCUCUCUUCCAGGAAUAGAUAUUAACGUUAAAGGUAAGUAGUUUUAUUUUCUUCCCUGAACAAACACAUUAAGCCUCCCAAAUAGCUGUGAUACUUGUGUGUUCGCAGAGUUCUUUUCAUUCCUUGUGUUCCUGCUUCGGGAUUAUGAAUUAAAGCAAAGAUUUUAUGGGUAGUUUUGCGGCUAAAGCUUAUUGAUUGCACUUAAUUGUCUGCAUGGUUUUUCUAUUAAAGCACAGUCGUGGUUCAAAAUAAUUCAUUUCUGGCCUUUUUAUAGAUAGGAGGAUAAAAGCUGUGAAUGGCUUUAUAGUCAAGAUUUUUAUGUGAAAUUCUGGUCCGAACAGACCUGGGCCAGUGUGUGGUUUUGACUGCAGAUGCCUUGUUCUUACUUUAGCAAUAACAAAUAUGAUGCUUUGCAGAAAGAAAGAAACAGCUUCAUUGUAGAGUGACACUGAAGUAGAUCUUAGCCUCAUUUCAUUUUAAAAGUAUAAUACAGAAUUAGCAUAUUGAUUUCUCAAAAUAUUCGUCAUAACACUAGUUAGAGGGGGGAAAGGGUAAACGGAAUUUGAACAACAAUAUUAUGAACAUCCUGCUACUAAUUUUACUGUUUUCUCAAACUUCCCUUGAUUUGUAAUUCAGACUAUGCUGGCUGGACGCCUUUGCAUGAAGCUUGUAACCAUGGAAACACUCUGUGUGUCCGUGAAAUUUUGCAACAUUGUCCAGAGGUAAACCUGUUCAGCCAAGUGGAUGGGGUGACUCCCUUGCAUGAUGCCCUGGGAAAUGGACAUGUAGAAAUUGCCAAGCUUCUACUUCAGCACGGGGGUGAGUGUGUUUGUGUUAAAUAAGCUUAGAGAAAUUUGAAUCUGUAAAAACUGCAGCGUAUUAAAAUUUGAGGGUGUUCUUGAUGUGAUUUUUGAAAGCUAGAGGUUUUCAUAAAUAUUGAUGUGCAUCAUGCCAUAUUUAUACUCAUUCAUCUUGUCAGUUAAAUGAUUUCAGUAAGCCCAUAACUUUGGCUGCUUUCUCACAUUUGCUGAAUUGCAGAUUUUUUGUAAAAGCUGUAUGAACAAGCAGUGAUGUGGAUUGCACGCCUACCAGGCAUUUUUCACAAAAUCUGGAUUUUAAAUUAAUUUUUACAAUGUACUGCAGAAACGGUUAGCUUAACUGCUUUGUGCUGCUUAAUUUCAUUGUGUUUCUGCUUAUAUUUAUGGUUAUCCAAACAUUUAGGCUGAUAAUUCUGCUUCUGAAAAGUCUAGGCUUUUAAAAAUUGGAGGGGAAAGGGUUAGAAAUAGCUUACUUUAGAAUUUUGCAUUUUUUAAAAAAAAACCCACUUAAAGCAGUUCAAAAAUUUCAACAUUUUGUGUAUACCCUCCAUGAGAAGUCUUCCCCUUACAAAGUACUCAUCUUCAAAGGAGACAAAGCAUAUAUAUUUUAAAGCAUUUGUGUGUGCCAUAUAUAAACACAGAGUUUAUGUAGCUCAUACCACUACUCUGCAUGUCAGUUUAAUUUCACGUAUUUCAUGUUUUCAGAUUUGUUAUGGCUAUACUAAUUCUGCUGUGUGGAGUGCAAAAUAAUGUUCUGUACUUAGAUAGCUUUUAGCUAAACUCAGCCAGAAACAGAAGCAUUACACUGGUUGGUCUGUUUUAUAAGACCUCUGUGCAUUUGCAGUCUUCUCCUGCCCCCUAAAGGCUAUUUUCUUUGUCUCUGGCUGACAUUCUUUCACAAUCAAUACAUCCCUUGCUCCUCUCCCUCUGUGUGCUUGUGCUGAACCUUAAUGCUGUCUCCCAGGUGUUUUAUUUAUCUACUGCACCAUGCGACUGACACGCCAAGCCAAUACCUGGCCUCACUUCAAUCGGUCUAAGUGAUGCAAGAGCCAAUAUUACCGAAAGCCCAAGUCUUCAAUAGAACGUGGCAUUACACUGACAGAUGUGCAUUUUUCCUGGGUGUCUGUGAAGAAUGGGCAGCGGAUGAUCCCCUUGUCCUAGGGGAGAAGAUCUGCUUGCACUUUCAUUCAUCAAGGUCCUCUUGCAACGGUGCAGAAGGUGUGUGCAGAGUUAUCUUGGCUGUCACAUGCCAGACCUUCGCCUGUCAAGCAGUUUGACAGAAGCAUGGCAGGAACUGCGCUGCACAUUCAGUAUACAAUUGCUCAUUGUUGGUAACUAAACUUUAUAGAGUCCUUUGGCACGUCCCUCACCCAUAAGCCAUCCUUUUUAGUUUUGGGUUGUUUUUUUAAUCUACACUAUGAUGCAAUAUCUACAUUUGAAAAUUAAAAUAUUGCUCUUGUGUGCAUGGCCCUGUCUCUGUAGGCACACAACCUGUUAAUUUUAUUGAUGUGUUGUACCAUCUUUUUCUUAAAGAGCUCAAGCGGGGCAUCCAUGUUUCUCCUCUUUUAUUUUCCCCACGGUCCUUUGAGGUUCGGGUAGGCUGGGAAAUAGUGACUGGCCCACGUCUCCUAAUGAGCACUAAGGCUGAGUGGGAAUCUGAAUCCAGGUUUUCCUGGAUUCACCCUCCCAUCAGAUGUCAAGGAGAUAAGUAACUAUGCAACCUUUAGAAAACAGCGGAAGGCAGCCCUAUAUAGGGAAGUUUUUAAUGUUUAAUAUUUUAUUAUGGUUUUUGUAUAUGCUGGCAGCUGCCCAGAGUGGCUGGGGCAACCCAAUCAGAUGGGUGCGGUACAAAUAAUAGCAAUUAUUAUUAUUGUUAUUGUUAUUAUUAUUAUUAUUAUUAUUAUUCAUGGUCUUGCAGUUUACCUUUCACAAAAGUAGGCUGCUCUUCUCUCCCCCCGCCCAGAUCCAUAUGUCACUUUAACAUACAAUUUACCCCUGCACAUUAAAGUAUUUCAGUUAUGUACAUUGCAGUUUCUUCAUGACUAAAAACCCCGUGCAACCUGUAAUCUAUGGUAGUAGAAUUGUUGGUUUAUUUAUUUAUUUUUUAAAAAGGCUGCAGCUGAUCUAUCACUCUAGUAGCAGCAGCAGAAGGCUCAGGCCACAUUGCGACACAUAAAAAGUCCUCCAAUCUAAGACACAGUGUGUCAGUACUGAUGACCUGUUAGGUAGAAGCAAGAUCAUUAAAUCCCUCUGACCUAUCUGCCAAGCAGGUGAUGAGUGCUGCACUCAUAGGCUUGGGUGUUAGAUACAGGCUUGGGCAUUUAAACUGUGCACAGCAGUCUUCUCUGUAUACAGACACCAUCCUGGAAACCGUUAUUAUUAUUAAUUUAUAUACCGCUUAAAGGCAAAAAUGUGGGUGAAAAUGUGGCUUUUCUCUGUGUGUCCUUGCUAGAUGCAAACACAUUAUUUGAUUCUGUGAAUGUUUAGAGGGUUUAUGGAAUAAAAACUUAAGCCCUGGUUGUUUGAGAAGCUGCAGUCUUGCAUUCUGUCCUAUUCAGCCACUAAGGAAGAGUUACUUCUGGUGGAUCCACAAAGCCCAAGGUUCAUCUGACAGCCAAGGCUGUUUGUCUAGAGGGCAUUCAGUGCAAUGACACAUACUCCUCCUGAUAAACAGCAUAUGCUAAUCAUUUGUUGCUUUUGGUGCAUGUAAAAAAUGCUUUAUGCAAGCAAGCUAUAUCGCCUUUUCUUCUAAUUUUUCUUCUAAUUUUGUAGGUCUUAGGGAAAGUAACAGGAAACUAUAUUUUUAGCAUAUCUAAUCUGCUGUUUCUUAUUGUGCCACUGUUUAAACUUAAAAAUACGUUCCAAACUCCAGUUCAUACCUUGACAUGGCAAGGGAGUACUGAAACAGUGUGACAGAGUAGCAGGAAGGCCUUCCUUUGAGUUUGGUUCUCCGUGUGAAUGCUCAAAGAAAGUUAGUUGGUGGCAUUUUUCUUUCUCCAAAAUAGUAGGUAAGAGAUCCUGCUGACUUGUAAGGAUGACCAGCUCACAAGACCUUUAUCCCACAUUUUGGAGGCAGAGAAAUGCCACCAACUACCAUCCUUUGGCAUUCACAUAGAAGGCCUGGCUCAUACUGAAUGCUAUCUGCCAUACAUAAGGAAUUCCCCCUAAAUGUAUGAACGAGGCUAGGAUUCUUUAUACAUCUGGCUGAGACAUGUGAAAUGCCACGUAACUCAGCUCCUGGCACAGCCUUCUGCCCAUGCGCUCAACUUAAUUGAAUGUUACUGUGAUUUGUAAACCACUUUGAGUUUUUAUUACAAUCUAUCAGUAUAUAAACAUCGUGAAAUAAAUUUGUCACCAUGGAUGGCAGCAGUCCCCAUUUUAUAUUUGUGUACCCCAAAGUUUGCUUCCUCAUUUCUUUAUCAUCUUCAUCUGUCAGUAUCAUCUAUUUUGUGUGUCUUGCAAAACACAUUUUGCAAACCUGUAUUUUAAUAGGUAUUACCAGUUUCUUUAAAUAUACUGAAGCAUGAUACAUAUACAAAGAACUUGAAUCAUCUGGUUAUGUUAACAAAAAGAAAUCUGUAGUACACUGAUGAGAUCAGGAAGUAGCUUUUGCUCUAGAACAGUGGUUGCCAAUUGGUGGUCUCCGGACCCCCAAGGGUUUGUGGCACCAUUUGCAUAACAAAAACUACCUUAGAGAUAUACAACUUUUCAAAACCAGAGGGUCCAUGGCUUGGAGUUUUGAAAAACAGGGCUCUGCAGUACUUAGCAAAUUUGGAUCCAGUGUUCUAGAACAUCCAGCCUAUGACUGACUCACCACAUGACUGCGAGGGUGAGGAGAAAAGGUCUUAGCAGGGCAUUUCACCCCAUAAUCUUUAAGGCACAUAGUAUUCGCCUGAAAGAGGCUUAACAAUUCUAAUUCGUUUGGGAAUUAAAAUGUGAUUUGUUAAUCAAAAAGCUUUAGAUGCUGCAGACAAAACUGCAGAUACUGAAAAACAGCCAGUUGUUUAGCUGCGCUAAAUAAACUAUUUCCUAUUUAAUGAUUUGUUUCUUCUGCAGGACCAGUAUUGCUACAGCAGAAAGAUUCUGAGGGAAACCUGCCACUGGAUAUCAUAAAGUGUGAAACAACUAAGCAGCAACUUUUGCAUCUUGUUAAUCCAGAAGAGAAAGUUGAGGAAUUCCAUGCACAAGUGGAAAGCAAUUUUCAUAAAACACAGACAGAAUUUUGGACGGUCUUAUAUUGCAAGAUGUUGCUAAACUUUUGUUCUGUAUAUAAGCUAUUUAAGCCUUUUUCUGUAGCCUUUAAAAAGCUAGCCUGCUCCAAACCGUUGCUGAUGACAGCUGAUUGUUGCAAGCUUAAUGCUAGCUCUAGCCAUUGGUUCCUAGAUCUUUAUUUUAGAGAGCUUGAAACCUUUCGACAUCUCCCAGUGUAUCUUCAGAAGAUGAUUGAGGAGCUUAAAAAGGGCACAGGUGAACAGCAGCAAGCUUUUGCAGCAACACUACAGCAAAUUUCAGUGGAAAUCCAAAUGUCUAACUGUUAUUUGGCCAACUAGCUUCCAAACUAGGACUGCUUGCCAAAAGCUGAUAGUCUUAACCCUGGGGUAGCUAAUGUGUCCUUGGAUUCCAGCUCCCAUCAGCUCCAUCCAGCAUGACCAAUGAUAAGAGAUGAUGGGAGUUGUUGUCUUGGCAGCAUCUGGCAGGACCUCAUUGAUCCUGGUCUAACAUGUUUAUCAUCUUCAACAUAUAAGCAUAAUACCCUUGCCUGGUUGACCUACUGAUCCCCACAAGGGAACUAAGACUGUAUUUGCCUGAUUUAGCCGUAACACAAAACUGGCUUCCUACUACAAUGCGAACAAGCUGUACAGAAUAUCAGGUUUGCACACUUUCCUUUCCCAGAAGAGAAAACCAGAAUCGUCUGUUCCCAGUUUUGCAUUAACCACAUUUUCCCUUGUACUGUUUGAACUCGGGAAACUUACUUGAUUCUAUCUUGUUCCCACUAAUUAAUUAAGCAAGCUGUUUUCUCACAUGCUGGCUUGUCCUCACCAACUAGUUCGUAAACAAACUACUCUCCAGGCUCAGACGUCAUAGGAAACUGAAAGUGGAUGCUUCUUACUUGGGCACUACAGCACAUUCCCAUACUGGGAAACUGGUUUCCCACCACCUGUGAAACAGCCCAUAGUCUCUUAAAAUGAGGGGUGGUGAGCUCUAGCAACUAUCGUGGCACCAACUCAGGGGAUCCUUUUACUCCAUCCUAUCAAGCGACACUUCAUUUUGUUGGCUACCUCAUUUUGUUGUCUGCAAUCACUAAUCCUGUAUAAUAUUUUUGUUAAUAAAAUUGUUUUUGUAAUGUGAUCAAUAUUUGAAUAGAGUAAUGUAUACUUGGUUCAUUUACUUUUAGGAGGCAAUAUACUACCACAAUCACACACUGCAUUCUCAAUUUAUUUGAGAAUGAAUAAAGAUGCUCUUGAUCCUAAUACUGUCAUUCUCAAAUUAUGAGGCAGCCCACCUUGGGUGGUGUGGGGGAAUUUGGAAGAUUUAAGGCCACUCUAAAAUUGGGCUUGUUGGGCAUGUUAAUUAUCUUGUGUAGGAGGCAACUGUAUCUAGGGGAAGUUGAAGUUUCCAUAAAACAUGCCCUAAGAUUGCACUCUUAUUAAAGCUUUAUAAAUGUAAUUUGGAACCAAAAACCAUUAAAUAAAUUAAAAUGGUUGAAGCAUAGCUUCAUUAUGUAUGUUCAUUAAACAAACAUUUUGUAAUUUG